UUGCAUCUGUGCCUCAUCUCGCACUAUCUUCCGCCCUAGUGACCGACAUCUCAUCUGCUCCCGCUUCUCCGCCUCCUCCUCCUGCUCCUUCCCCCUCCUUCCUCCGCGCUCGAUCUCCGGGCCUUCCUCUUCGCUUCUCCGACCGGGAAAACGGGGCCCAAGGACCCCCUUGUCUGCGUCUCUUCGCACUCUGCGGCCACACCACGCGUAUAAAAUAUUGAGUCGGCAAGUCGCAGAUUCUGUUCUCUUCCCGCGAGCGUUGGCAGCCACCAGCUGCUUUCCAAUUUCUCGCGUCUGAAGUCGGAGGAGGCUGAGGCACAGAGAGCAGGAGGUUUCUCAUAAAGGGGAAAAGUAUUUCACCACAAGCUGCAUUGGAUUGUGGAUCCUGUCCUGCGCUCUCCUCUCCUCUCCUCUCCUCUCCUCUCUUCUCUUCUCUUCUCGCUGUAUUCCGCUCCUCGCCCUCCAGAAUCUGGACUGUACUUCCUUCCUUCCUUCGUCCUCAUCCUCUGCGAGCGCUCAUCUUCUCUAGCCCCGAGGCACAAUAAAGACCCGAGCGGAGUCCUCGUCGUCUUGAUUCGCGUCGUGCCCACUUGGAUCUGGAGCGCGCUCUGAUGUGCGCCAACCUUCCGACUGUCAUAUAAAUCCUGCUGAGCAGCCGUAGGGAGCUAUUCUGUCUGUCCUUGUCCACUGGAAGUUGAGCUGCUCGUAGCUCGACCGGAGUGACUGGAACCACUGGAGGUCAACUGAAACUCCUGUGUUUCACUGGAACUGGAGUGCACGAGCUGCCAUUAGCAGUGGGAGACACCGAGCUUGAUCGACAUCUGGUCGGUAGAGAUGAGCGAAGAAGUUCGGUAGCACUCUCGGGAGAUAGGAGAAGAAUGUGAGAUUCUUCCUGGAGGAGGAGGAGGAGGAGGAGCCCGGCGUGUUCUGGUCCUAGCUCGUUGACGGACAAGUAGAGGUAGAGAUUGUAAGUUGCAGGCAGGACGCGAAGAUUUGAAGGAUGGGAUCACUGAGCGGGCCGAAUAACGAGCCGUAUGUGGACUUUCAUAGCAAGUGGAAGGAGGAGCAAGAGCAGCUGACGGAUGAGCUUCGCAGCGCCCUGGAUGCCGACUUGGGGGAGAUGCAGCUUCGAGAGCUCGUGCGCAAGGUCGAGACACACUACGAGGAGUAUUACGCAGCGAAGGACGAUGCUGUGAGGCAGAAUGUGCUGACGGUGAUGCAGCCCGCAUGGAAGAGCCCGCUGGAGAACGUGUUCAUGUGGAUUGGAGGGUGGCGUCCCACCAUGGUGUUCCAGCUCGCUUAUGCCCAGGCCGGGCAGCAGAUGGAAGCGGAAUUGGCCGAAUUUUUGCAGGAUUUGGACACGCCGUCGAUGGCAUCGCUCUCGGCGAAGCAGCUGCAGCGAAUCAGUGAUUUGCAAGUUGUCACUCAGAAGGCGGAGGACGAGCUCGGACAUCGGCAGGCUAUCCUCCAGCAGGGGCUGGUGGAUCAGCCGCUGCUGACUUUAGCAGCAGUAGAACUUUCAGGGGAUGCUUCGGCCGAGCAGCACCCGGCCGAGCAUGCGCUCACGGAUGCGGUCGAUGAGAAGGUCAAGGGGCUCGAGGACCUCUGCCACGAUGCUGAUCGACUCAGAUGCGACACCUUGAAGAAAAUGCUGAAGAUUCUGACCCCUGUCCAAGCUGCGCAGUACUUAGUGGCGGCCGCACAACUGCAGAUGGCAAUCAGAAGAAUCGGUGUUGCGAAACAGGGCGCUGCCGAGCAGCAUAAAAACGGAGAUGAGCUCGAGCACAAAAACGGGGAGACAGAGACGCAUACGAAGGAAACGAAGCAAUCGUCGUUAUGAGAGAUUCCCGGUCUCAGGAGGUUAUAUGCCCAGUUCAUGUCACGUGGAUUAAGUUCAGUCGACACUUACAGACACUUCUUCACGAAAUCGUACUCUCAAGUGGACGGUACUUUUGCAUGGAGUCACAGCACCAUCGACAUCGACAUCGACAUCACUGAGCUCAUCAGGAGUGUGCUCGGAGUUUACAUACAAGGUCCUCACCAUCACGCUAGAGAGAGAGAGAGAGAGAGAGAGAGAGAGAGAGAGAGAGAGAGAGAGAGAGAGAGAGAGAGAGAGAGAAGUGGGGUCGGAUCUACCCCUUGAGAAGGAAAGUUCAUCACCCAGCGAGCUAGGGUGAUUUUGUAUAGUAGUCGGAUCGGUAUGCAUGAUGAGCAACCAUUUUACAAAAGAGUGAAGGCGACGAAGAAUUUCUGUGCGGGGACUCUUCGAGCGAAAGGAGCUCGAUUUUUUUGUCAUACUCUCCAUUCAGUUGACGGUUGGUCCAUAGAGUGGACAAUGGUCAGCAGUCGAGGUUUGCCUCGGCAGAUAUCUUCGCGGAAGUUGUUGACCUUCUUCUAAGAUCUGUUGUCAUGUUCACUUGCAACAACUUCUGUUUCGGCGAUUACUGCGUUGGAAUUCAUCCACAUUAUCUGUCGUAUGGAGGUACACAGAGGAUAAAGUUAUGAUGGGUAGGAUCCGUCGGUGCUAAUGUACUUAGAAUUUUGCCUGCGCAGCAGGUUUCAGACAGGGUGUGUAUGGCUUCGUAUAGCCAGCCCUUCAAGUCAGACCUUCUGGCUUCGGAGAUAUAAAAGUAAGCCUCCUGGCCGAUAGGCUGCGGGGUCGGUAUUUUGUUCAUCCUGC